CGAGAGAAAAAGAGCCCCAUCACGGAGCAGCGCAGCAGCAGCGUGUUCCCAUCACGAGCGGGCUGAACGCAGAGCACCACCGCCGCCGCCGCCGAACUCAGGCUGUCGUCCGGUGUCCGCAGUUCCCCUCCUCCUCCUCAACAUGUCCGUGGGCAGUGACUUCGGGAACCCGCUGAGGAAAUUCAAACUGGUCUUCCUGGGGGAGCAAAGUGUUGGAAAGACGUCCCUGAUCACACGGUUCAUGUAUGACAGCUUUGACAACACGUAUCAGGCCACAAUUGGAAUUGACUUCCUGUCGAAAACCAUGUACCUGGAAGAUCGAACGUCUCCUCAGCUGUCUCUGUCUGAACCCCAGGUGAGGUUGCAGCUGUGGGACACAGCGGGCCAGGAGCGCUUCAGGAGCCUCAUCCCCAGCUACAUACGGGACUCCACUGUGGCCGUGGUGGUCUACGACAUCACAAAUGUGAAUUCCUUCCAGCAGACGUCCAAAUGGAUCGAGGACGUGAGAACAGAGCGGGGAAGUGAUGUCAUCAUCAUGCUCGUAGGCAACAAAACAGACCUGGCAGAUAAGAGGCAAAUCACAAUUGAGGAAGGCGAACAGAGGGCCAAAGAGCUGAGCGUCAUGUUCAUAGAGACCAGCGCCAAGACGGGUUACAACGUCAAGCAGCUGUUCCGGCGUGUGGCCGCCGCUCUUCCGGGAAUGGAAAGUAUGCAAGAAACAAGCAAAGAAGGGAUGAUCGACAUCAAUAUGGCCAAGCAGCAGGAGCCCCAGAACACUGAAGGCGGCUGUUCCUGUUAAUACUCAACAUAAAAACAAAACGUCAUCCUCACCACAUGCUUGUUAUGUUGCUUCCUAUUGGUUUACUUUGCACGUUGAGAAUCUGGCCUCCUCUCCUGACUAUUCGGUCCAUCGGUUGGAACUAGCAGUCCUACUAGUAGUGUAGCCUAAUUUGUUAAUGAAACUGCCAAAAAAGUCCUACAACCUGCAAAAAGCUAAAAAAAAAAAAAAAAAA